AUGCCUGUGGGGAGUGGUCUGUUUUCUUUGUUCCACUUGUUGCUGCUGCUGCUGCUUUGGAAAACCAGGACCUUAAUGAAUUAUAAUUAUUUUUCCAAACAAUCCUGCUACCUCUUCUGUCUUUUUGGAAAUCAAAGCAUGUUCUCCAGUCUAUGGUGGCUUUUGCUUCUGCUGGACUACCAUGUGCUUUUGGCACAGAACAUCAAUGAAGAAAAAAGAAAUGCAAUAAGAAAACAGAAGCCCAAACCUUUCUUGUCAAAUGCAGUAGAAAAGUAUCCCAGCUCAAACGACCAAGUAUUUGUCAUUGGCUCAUGCCGUAGUUCUAAAGAUCUGGCAGAAGAAGGGUGUCCUCAGCCUCCUAUAUGUAACUGUGCAAAGGGAGAAAGGGGUCUUCCCGGCCCUGCUGGUAAAAAAGGUCGCCCAGGUGAUGAUGGAAGUCCUGGACCAAAGGGAAUGAAGGGGGAGCCUGGCCUUAAUGGAAUUCCAGGAAGAGAUGGCGUAGAGGGAAAAUCUGGAUACAAAGGAGAAAAGGGUGAAAGAGGUGAAUGUGGAACACCAGGAAUAAAAGGUGACAGAGGUCCUGAAGGGCCAGGUGGUCCAAGAGGUGUCCGAGGUCUCCAGGGUCCCCAAGGUCUGCCUGGAGAUCAAGGGCCUGAGGGGGUGCAAGGUUCAAAGGGUGAAAGAGGCCUCCCGGGCCCUGCUGGGUUGACUGGAGAAACUGGAGUAGGACUGCCAGGCCCGAAGGGUGACGUUGGUUUCACAGGGCGACCGGGCCCUGUUGGCCCACCAGGAGUUGGAGAACCAGGUUUACCAGGACCUCAAGGACCACAAGGAAUUCAGGGAGAAAGGGGACCUCCGGGAGAAGGCCUUCCAGGACCUAAGGGAGAUCGGGGCUUUGAAGGACCAAAAGGACCUCGGGGCCAACCAGGCAUUGGCAUCAAGGGUGAAAAGGGUGAAAUUGGCCCACCUGGGUUGCCAGGGCCUCUUGGAUUACCGGGUGUUGGAAUUCAAGGAGAGAAGGGUGUAGAAGGCCCCAAAGGACCCCCAGGGCCAAGAGGACCACCUGGACAAGGGUUACCUGGACCUAAGGGUGAUCAAGGUUUACCGGGAGAAACUGGAGCCCCUGGAGAAAGGGGUAUUGGAGAAUCUGGUGCCAAAGGAGAACCAGGUUCUUCAGGAUUAGCAGGCCUACCUGGCCUUCCAGGAGAAGAUGGAGCACCUGGACAAAAGGGUGAACCCGGGUUACCUGGUCUCCGAGGCCCAGAAGGCGCUCCUGGGAUUGGAAUACAGGGUGAAAAGGGUGACCAAGGUCAAAGAGGUAUACGUGGAUUAUCGGGACCAACUGGAGUACCUGGACCUGCUGGGGCUAAAGGUGAACCGGGUGCUCCCGGACGCCUUGGAAUGCCCGGUCUUCCAGGACGAGCCAUUAUGGGACCAAAGGGUGAUGUCGGAUUGCCUGGACCGCCUGGCCCAAUCGGAGAACAAGGAAUAGGGAUUCCAGGAGCCAAGGGUGACCGUGGGCAUCAGGGACCACCUGGACCAUUUGGACCAAAGGGAGAUGGGUAUCCAGGCCCAACCGGUCCUCCAGGUCUUCCAGGGGCUCCUGGAGAACAAGGCCCUCAGGGCAUUGGACUACCUGGGCCAAAGGGUGAUCCAGGUACGAGAGGGCCAGCUGGGCUCCCAGGACCACCAGGGGAAGGCCUUCCAGGACCAAAAGGUAACGUUGGACGGCAGGGACCACCUGGAGCAUUGGGACCUCCCGGCGAAGGCAUCCAGGGGCCAAAGGGUGAGCAAGGAAUUCAAGGAAUGAUAGGACCCCGUGGAGCUCCCGGAGAAGGGCUUCUUGGGCCCAAGGGUGACCGUGGAGCUGCAGGAGAAAGAGGAAGAAAAGGUGAAAAAGGCAACAUGGGUGAUCCUGGUUCUCCUGGAGACCCUGGCAGAACUGGACCAAAGGGCGAGCAAGGCCUUACAAGAGAAGAUAUCAUUAAAUUAAUUAAAGAGAUAUGUGGCUGUGGAAUUAAGUGCAAGGAGAUACCUAUGGAGCUUGUGUUUGUGAUUGACAGCUCAGAAAGCGUUGGCCCUGAAAACUUUGAAAUAAUCAAAGACUUUGUGACUGCUUUAGUAGACCGAGUCACCGUGGGGAGAAACGCUACCAGGAUCGGUCUCGUCCUCUACAGUCUGGAGGUUCGGCUCGAGUUUGGACUGAAUAGAUACACCGCCCAGCAGGAUGUGAAGCAAGCGAUCAGGAAAAUGUUGUAUAUGGGAGAAGGCACCUACACGGGAACUGCCAUCCGCAAAGCAACACAGGAAGGGUUUUUUGGGGCUCGGACUGGCGUGAGGAAAGUUGCCAUCGUGCUAACAGAUGGUCAAGCAGAUAAGAGAGAAGCUGUUAAACUGGAUAUCGCAGUCCGGGAGGCUCACGCAGCCAACAUUGAAAUGUAUGCCAUUGGAAUCGUCAAUACUUCGGAUCCAACACAGGUUGAGUUCUUACGUGAGCUGAAUCUGAUUGCAUCAGACCCUGACAGAGAACACAUGUACCUCAUAGACGAUUUUAAUACUCUUCCAGCUUUGGAGUCCAAACUUGUUAAUCAGUUCUGUGAAGAUGAACAUGGUGCUUUAAUAUAUAACCGACUCGGAAAUGGAGGAAGCAUAAACGGACCAUCUAUCCACUCAGUGUCUUCUCGUUCUUCACAAUACAUAUUGCACACGAAUAGUCAUGGACAGUCGGUUUCUUCAAAUGCAUAUGAGACAUCCGUGAGGGAGAACUCUGUAAACCUCGGCCAGCUUUCUCAACCAUUAAUCCCGGAAAAAGAAUCACACAAGAUAUUUCAUGAGAACUAUAAUGUGGAACCUGAUGGGGAUGAUCUCCGAUUCUUGUCUCUGGCUAAUAGCAAAGCAAUCCCAUCAGCAUUACCAUCUCUGCCUACAUCAUCUUCAUCUUCAUCCCCACCACCACCACCACUGCCAUCUCUUACAGCAGAAAAAAUGCUUUCACCAUCUCAUUCAUCGGCUCCUUCAACACCACCUAUGCCAAAAUCAGAAAACAUCCUGAGUCCUCCCAGGUGUAAAUUAAGAUUAGAUCAAGGACCGUGCCGAGUAUAUAUAAUAAAAUGGUAUUAUGAUAAGCAAGCCAAUUCUUGUGCUCAGUUUUGGUACGGCGGCUGUGAUGGAAAUGAUAAUCGAUUUAAUACUGAAGAAGAAUGUAAAAAGACUUGUGUGUUUUUCACUGGAGAUAUCUAAAGGAUAUGAACAGAAAUGUCCACCAACUGGAAAUCAUCAGAAAAUAAUUGUUUAGCCAAAAGAGGGGCAAUUUUAUGCAUGUGUGGCCUUUGUAUGUAUAACAUAAUUGGUUAACAAGAGAAUAAUUUGCUGUCCUAAAACCACUUAUUUUAGUAUAACUCUACUAAAGUCAACGGGAUCAUCUAUAACCCCUUGCUGAAACUGAAAGAUUGUGUGCAAUGUUAGGAGAUGUACUGGGGGAGGGUCUCACAUACUUUGUUGGGGUCUAAACUAAGAGGGCAUGCUUUUUACAUUGUAAAUCAAAACAGAAGGCAUGGGUCAUAUAAGCCUUCACAGCAGAGGAAAGAUCCUUUGACCAUUCUUGUGGGCCAAUAGAUAUUGUUGGAUAGAUACUGUUGGAGUUUUUGCAGUUUUGCAUGCUGCCUGCAGUUUGUUUGAGAGAGAUCUUUCUAGCCUGUGGUGAUUGUUGAUCUAUCCAACACUAGCCAAUCAUUC